AGUCAUGAUUCCUGUUGUCUUUCUGACUAUCCUGUGCUUGGGAAUGGCCUCAUCUACUCCAUCACCUGAUCCCAUUUUGGAUGCUGAUUGGCAGAAGUGGAAGAUUAAAUAUGGAAAAACAUACAAUCUGGAGGAGGAAGGACGGAAGAAAGCAGUGUGGGAAGAAAAUAUGAAGAUGAUCAAAUUGCACAAUGGGGAGAAUGGCCUGGGGAAGAACGGUUUCACCAUGGAAAUGAAUGAAUUUGGUGACAUGACUGGUGAAGAAUUCAGGAACACGAUGAUUAAUUUUCAAGUCCCAACUCUCAAGAAGGAGAAAAAUGUCCAGAAACGUCUGGCUGGUGAUGUUCCUAAUUUUAUAAACUGGAAAAAAAGAGGUUAUGUUACCACUGUGCGGAAACAGAGUGACUGUAAUGCUUGUUGGGCUAUUUCUGUGGCUGGUGCCAUAGAAGGACAGAUGUUCCGGAAAACAGGCAAACUGAUUCCUCUGAGUGUACAGAACCUAGUGGACUGUUCUAGAUCUCACGGUAAUGAGGGCUGUUACAGAGGCAAUACAUACCUUGCAUUUGAGUAUGUGAAAGACAAUGGAGGUCUGGAGUCCGAGGCAACGUACCCGUAUGAAGACAAGGAAGGACCCUGCAGGUACAGUCCGGAUAAUUCUACUGCUAAUAUAAGAGGCGUUGUGUUAGUCCCACAGAGUGAGAAUGCCCUAAUGUAUGCUGUGGCAACUAUAGGUCCCAUUUCUAUUGCAAUUGAUGCAAGACAUAAUUCUUUCCAGUUCUAUAAACGAGGUAUAUAUUAUGAGCCAUAUUGCAGUAGCCGUAAUAUCAGCCACUCUAUGCUAGUGGUUGGCUAUGGCUUUGAAGGAGAAGAAUCAGAAGGCAGGAAAUAUUGGCUGGUCAAGAACAGUAUGGGCAUUAAAUGGGGCAUUAGAGGCUACGUGAAGAUCGCCAGAGACCAUGGAAACCACUGUGGAAUUGCUACAUAUGGCAUGUACCCUAUAGUGUGAACUGCCUGGUGGUGACAAGGAAGGGAUGGAUUUAAGACAACAUGGACAGAAGAGGCAUUUCCUCCUCAUAGCAACCAGCCACUGCUGUGCAUAUAAGACACCCCAGUCACUGAAGAGCCAGUCGUGGUGUGAAUUUUGUGACAUAUUUCCUCUAGUAAGAUAUGACCACUACUGUAACUGAUGCUGUACACUGAUUUGCAUUUAUGUUUUCUAUAACAACUUGAUUUUCAUUUUUCACUGUACCAAAAGAUGUCUUCAAAAUUUAAGGUUUAAGUGUU